UCUCUCCCGCACUCUCUCUCUCUUUUCUGAGCGUGACUGUGUGAGAAGUGAGAACCUCCAAUUCCAAAAGCUCAUAUUAAAGGGAGCGAAAAGAAGAAGCAAGAAAAAAUAUCUUACAGCUCUUCACGGGCGCAUAGGCCCACGAAUUCCUGAAAGCUAGAUUCUCUUUACCUCUGGCUUUUUCUUUCCUCCUUACUCUUUUCUCUGUAACAUUAAAUGGAGUUUCAGAGCCAGCUCGAUUAACGCCUCCAUCUCUCGCUCACGGGCUGCAAAGAAACAACAUGUCUUACAUGGCUUAUUGACUAUAAAUGAAUAUACAUUACACGUUAUAAGAGACCCCGCAUCCAUAUAAGCUCAUCCCCAUAUAUCCUCCGUCGAACCUUUGCUGCAUUCAGAAGCCAUGGCUUCUGGAGGAAACAGAGCUGAAUGUUCUGUUUUCUUGGUGAUUCUUCUGCAGUUUCUCUUUCUUUUUCUCAUGGGUUCUAAAGGUGUUCUCUGCCAAUCUCCUGUUUUUGCCUGUGAUGUUGGCAAGAACUCCGGCUUGGCUGCUUUUGGGUUCUGCAAUUCUUCAUGGGGUAUUGCUGCAAGGGUCGAUGAUUUAGUGAAGAGGCUCACAUUGCAGGAAAAGAUUAUUUUUUUGGUGAAUAAAGCAGGGGCGGUGACUAGGCUUGGAAUUCCGAGCUAUGAGUGGUGGUCUGAAGCUUUACAUGGAGUGUCUUACGUGGGUCCUGGGACACAUUUCUCAAGUGUAGUACCUGGAGCUACGAGCUUUCCUCAGGUCAUUCUUACUGCAGCUUCGUUCAACACUUCUCUGUUUCAGGCCAUUGGGAAGGUGGUCUCUACUGAAGCCAGAGCCAUGUACAAUGUGGGUCUAGCUGGGCUAACUUAUUGGAGCCCAAAUGUGAACAUAUUCCGGGACCCCAGAUGGGGAAGAGGCCAAGAGACUCCUGGUGAAGACCCCAUCCUCGCCAGUAAAUAUGCAGCUGGUUACGUUCAAGGUCUGCAACAAAGCGACGAUGGCAACCCGAAUCGGCUUAAGGUUGCUGCUUGCUGCAAGCAUUAUACAGCCUACGAUGUGGAUGCCUGGAAGGGAGUGGAUCGUUAUCACUUUAAUGCUCAGGUGAGUAAACAAGACCUGGAUGAUACAUAUCAGCCCCCUUUCAAGAGCUGUGUUGUGGAUGGGAAUGUGGCCAGCGUCAUGUGCUCUUACAACCAAGUAAAUGGGAAACCAACCUGUGCAGACCCGGAUCUCCUGGCUGGGGUCAUUAGAGGCGAAUGGCAAUUAAAUGGAUACAUCGUUUCAGAUUGUGACUCAGUACAAGUGCUCUACAACGAUCAGCACUAUACCAAGACCCCAGAGGAAGCUGCGGCUAAGUCUAUAUUGGCAGGGUUGGAUCUUAACUGUGGAUCUUUCCUGGGCCAACAUACGGAAGCUGCAGUGAAAGCUGGGCUCCUGAAUGAGUCAGCCAUUGACAAAGCAAUCAUCAACAAUUUUGCCACUCUGAUGCGACUUGGGUUCUUCGAUGGAGAUCCCAGUAAGCAGCUCUAUGGGAAGCUGGGGCCAAAGGACGUAUGCACCCCAGGGCACCAGGAGCUGGCCCGUGAAGCUGCACGACAAGGGAUUGUCUUGUUGAAGAACAGCGCAGGCUCAUUGCCAUUGUCGCCGACAGCCAUCAAGUCCUUAGCAGUGAUCGGGCCCAAUGCCAACGUGACCAAAACCAUGAUCGGCAACUACGAGGGCACUCCAUGCAAAUACACAACUCCUCUGCAAGGCUUGACGGCCUCGGUUCCGACUCUCUAUCAGCCAGGCUGCCCCAAUGUGGCAUGCGACAGUGUCCAACUAGAUGAUGCUAAGAGAAUAGCAGCCCAAGCAGAUGCCACAGUUUUAGUAGUAGGUGCUGAUCAAUCAAUCGAGGCAGAGAGCCGUGACAGAGUUGAUCUUCAUCUUCCUGGGCAGCAGGCACUUUUAGUAACAGAGGUUGCAAAUGUAUCCAAGGGACCUGUGAUUCUUGUUAUCAUGUCUGGAGGAGGCAUGGAUAUCUCAUUUGCCAAAGCCAACAACAAAAUUACGAGUAUUCUCUGGGUUGGUUACCCUGGCGAAGCUGGAGGGGCUGCUUUAGCUGAUGUUAUCUUCGGCUAUUACAAUCCAAGUGGAAGACUACCCAUGACAUGGUACCCACAAGCAUUUGCAGACAAGGUCCCUAUGACAAACAUGAACAUGAGACCAAAUCCAGCCACUGGCUACCCUGGCAGAACUUAUCGGUUUUACAGAGGUGAAACCAUAUACUCAUUUGGUGAUGGCAUGAGCUAUUCUCAGUUCAGCCAUCACCUUGUCCGAGCACCUAAGCUAGUCUCAGUUCCCCUGGAGGAGGGUCACAUUUGUCGCUCCCAGAAAUGCAAAUCUAUCCAUCUUGAGGAAGAAGGAUGCCGAAACCUGGCUUUUGAGAUUCAUUUAAGAGUUAGAAACAUGGGAAGGAUGAGCGGAAGCCACACAGUUUUCCUGUUCAGCACUCCCCCAUCAGUACACAAUGCCCCUAAUAAGCAUUUGCUGGGAUUUGAGAAGGUUUUCUUAACAAGUCAAAAUGAAGCACUAGUUAAGUUCAACGUGGACGUCUGCAAGGAUUUGAGCGUUGUGGAUGAGCUUGGGAGACGAAAAGUGGCUCUGGGUUCACAUGUGCUUCAUGUGGGCAGCUUGAAACACUCUCUAAAUAUCAGGAUUUGAACCUCAUCUCCUUGGUAGAAGAAGCAAGAAAGUCUUCGACUUCUCUUGGAGAUUGGUAAUAAAAGCCUCCAAGGAAGUAAAUUCAACUCGCAUGUAAGUUGAGAGUCGUAACAAUUUUCUCAAUUGUUUCAACGGCCAAUCUAAUUGAAAUGGAAAUUUUCAAAUCCAAAACAAGGCAAUGUUUUGGUGGGUGUUCUUCAA